GCUGUGGUGACGUGGACCGGUAAUUUUUGUCGCGGGUUGGAAAACUCUUCUUCCAAACCAGAAGUGUUUUUCACAACAUCGAUGGUAUCUCCUUCCCUAGUUCUCAGUUCCCGUUUUUAGAAGUUUGAACUCAUCUCUGUCUGUCCUGCGAAAAACAAACCGCAAGAAUUUUUAAGCCCCCACCACCCCAGUUUCCUCAUCGACCAAAGCAACAGAACCGAUCACGCAUCGUUGUUAUUUGUAUAUAUUAAUCAAAUCCAACACUCUUGACUUUCUAUCUACUCCUUCGUACUGGUUCAUCACAGAGGGGGACAAGAGAGAUGCUUCUGAGUCUACUGCAUAGCUCACAGCCAUGGAUAUUGCCUCCCCAAGUUCCGAGGCUCAAUCAGGUUCCUUUUUCCCGGAGGAUAUCAAUGUCGGGCAAUUUCAGGCGGAUCAAAUAUUCGGAUGUACAUGCAUGCAGUUCAAUAAUACACAAUGGAGGCCAUCAUGCUCUGUUUUGAUGUUCCUUACGAUAAUUCCUUCAGGGAACCGGGGGGCUAGUUCUCAGAGUACAGGGGAUAGGUCAGAUUCCAAUAUGUACAUAAAUGUUUCAGAUGAUUUGAAUGGCAAAUUCAUUAGUAUAGACUGGGAUAAUUUUUAUCAGGGUUAUCAAACUAAGAUCAUGAUGGGCUCAAUGUCAUUGUUUUUGCUACUCAGACUGACACAGUUAAAAUUGCCUAAUCCAUUGGUAGAGGUGUUCCAACAAAUACUUCCCUGUAUAGUUCAGACUUUUGGGGUAGCAAGCUUGCCUUUUGCUUGUGUAUCUAAUUCCUUAAAUAAGCCCAGACCUCUUCAAUUGGAUGUGUCCUUGCCUUCAUUUCAAGAUAUUAGAUGGAGCUUUGCGCGGUUAUUGUACUUGCUCAACAUCCAACUUGAGAAAAAUGUUGCCACGUUCUUUAUAGUGGUCCUGGUAGCGUGCUUCUCCGUUGUUGUCAUUGGUGGUUUCCUUUUCUUCAAGUUAAGGAAGAGCACACAAUCUCUGGAGGACUGCUGCUGGGAGGCUUGGGCAUGUCUGUGUUCAUCAUCUACUCAUUUAAAACAAAAAACACGUGUUGAACGUGUAAUUGGCUUGGUUCUUGCUAUUUGGGGCAUAUUAUUUUACUCUCGCCUGUUGAGCACAAUGACAGAACAGUUGAGAAACAAUAUGCAGAAGCUCAGGGAAGGGGCUCAACUGCACGUUAUGGAGACUGAUCAUAUCGUUAUAUGUGGAGUGAGCAGUCAUCUGAAUUUCAUACUGAAGCAACUAGAUAAGUCUCAUGAAUUUGCUGUCCGCUUAGGUACUGCUACGGCUAGGAGGCAGAGAAUUCUCCUUAUGUCUGAUCUUCCAAGGAAGCAGAUGGACAAACUAGUUGACAGUAUUGCUAAGGAUCUUUAUCAUAUUGAUGUCCUUACAAAGAGUUGUAGUCUUAGCUUAACGAAAUCCUUCGAGAGAGCUGCAGCCAAUAAAGCACGGGCAAUAAUUAUACUGCCAACAAAAGGAGAUAGGUUUGAUGUUGAUACCGAUGCAUUUCUCUCUGUACUGGCACUUCAACCAAUUCCGAAGAUGGAAUCUGUCCCUACCAUUGUUGAGGUGUCAAGUCCCAGUACAUGUGAGCUCUUAAGAUCAAUAUCAGGAUUGAAAGUAGAGCCAGUAGAAAAUGUGGCAUCCAAAUUAUUUGUUCAAUGCUCUCGGCAGAAGGGGCUCAUAAAGAUCUAUAGGCAUUUGCUUAAUUAUCGAAAAAAUGUAUUUAAUCUUCACAGCUUUCCUAAUUUAGCCGGAAUGAACUACAGGCAGAUACGGCGGGGGUUUCAAGAGGCAGUUGUUUGUGGUCUUUAUCGGAGUGGGAAGAUAUACUUCCACCCGAAUGACGAUGACAUUCUGCAGCAAACUGACAAAAUUUUAUUCAUUUCACCAGUUCAUGGGAUGAGGAACUCGCGGGUUGCAUGUCUAAAUGUUAUAAAAGAAGGAAGCAGUUCUAGUCAAGAUCAAGAAGUUCUAGAAAACAAUGGAAACUAUUCAAAUCAUGCCACUGAAUUGAGGAAAAGAAGACUCGAAAAUAUUGUAAAACGUCCCAACAGAUCAGGUUCCAAGGCAUCAGACUGGAAUCUUGGACCAAAAGAAUGCAUACUUUUGCUGGGGUGGCGCCCAGAUGUUGUAGAGAUGAUAGAAGAAUACGAUAAUUAUCUUGGACCUGGCAGUGUAGUGGAGAUUUUAUCAGAUGUACCGGUAGAUGAUAGGAACAGGGCAAGAAAGAUUGCUGGGCGAGGCAAACUCAACAAUAUCCAAGUUUCUCACAAGAUAGGAAACCCCAUGAACUAUGAUACCUUGAAGGAAACUAUAGUAAACAUUCAAAAGUCUUUCCACAAUUGUGAGGACAUUCCUUUGUCGAUAGUUGUCAUUAAUGAUAGAGAGUGGCUGCUUGGAGAUCCAUCCAGGGCAGACAAACAUUCUGCAUAUUCUCUUCUCCUUGCUGAAAAUAUCUGCAACAAGUUUGGAGUAAAGGUUCAAAAUCUUGUUGCAGAGAUUGUUGACAUGAGAUUGGGCAAACAAAUUACAAGGAACAAGCCAUCCUUGACUUACAUAGCAGCAGAGGAAGUAAUGAGCCUUGUUACAGCUCAAGUCGCAGAGAAUAAUGAACUGAAUGAAGUGUGGAAAGACAUCCUGAAUGCAGAGGGCGAUGAAAUAUAUGUGAAGGAUAUCAGCCUAUACAUGAAAGAAGGAGAGAACCCUUCAUUCUCUGAGCUCACCGAAAGAGCGUAUUUACGGCGAGAAGUUGCUAUAGGUUAUGUGAAAAACAACAAGAAGGUUAUUAACCCAAUUCCCAAGUCAGAGCCUCUCUCCCUUGAACUGACGGAUUCUCUAAUAGUUAUAUCCGAGCUUGAGGGAGAACAACCCAUCAUUAUGUAAGAUGUACAGUUCAGUGCAUAAUACAUAUGUUUCCCAUUUCAUUUUCUGUUGUCACCGGGGCAUCAUUGCGGCCAUCUUGACGGAACUUGAGCCGAAACGAUGCCAUGAAUUUUCUUCUUAGAAGAUCAAACACCAAAAGAUAAAAAAACAAGUGAAGUUUUGAUGGUGAACUAGUCUUCCUGUAAACUUUCCAGUUAUCAUCAUUUUUUUAUAUAAAUUGUGUCCAAACUACACUGCCUCUCUGUAGUCUUCAAAAAGCUUUCACUUUCGAGAUUAUUGUAAUUUGUAAGCCAAGUAUUUGGCCUUGAAUAUAGAGGUUCAUAUCAAUCUGAUAAAGAUUCUGAACUAACCAACAUAA